ACCACCUUACACAGCACAGCGCAGCACAGCCACACUGAUUCAGCCAGCCAGCUAGCGAGCGACGGAGCGAGCGAGCGACGGAGCGAGCGAGCGAGCUUGGCCAACCACAAGCCACCUAGCUAGCUAGCUAGCUCCCCCGGCCUUCUUGCGCCACGACCGACCACUCGCUCGCUCGGGCCAUGAUGAGCGGCGGCAGGAUGAACGCGGCGGCGAGCGACGACUUCCCGUUCGGGGCAAUGCAGCCGCCGCCCUACGUCGGCUUCGAGCACGCCGGCAUGGUGCAGGCCGGCGGCGGAGGGGGAGGCCAGCGCCACCAGGGCGCGAUGAUGUACGACAACUUCGACUUCGCGGCGGCCGCGGCCGCCUUCGGCCAGUUCCAGGACACGCCGCACCACCAGAUGCUGGCGCUGCCGCCGAACGGAAGCGGCGCUGGCGGGCUGCUCCCCAUGGCCCCGCCGCCCAUGCCCGGGAUGCAGCUGCAGAUGCCGCCCAUGGGCAUGCACGGCCACGGCGACGUGUACCCGGCGCUCGGGAUGGUGAAGCGCGAGGGCGGCGGCGCGGGCGACGCGGGGAGGAUCGGGCUCAACCUCGGCCGGCGGACCUACUUCUCCCCCGGCGACAUGAUGGCCGUGGACCGGCUGCUGAUGCGUUCCCGCCUGGGCGGCGUGUUCGGGCUCGGGUUCGGCGGCGCGCACCACCAGCCGCCUCGGUGCCAGGCGGAGGGCUGCAAGGCGGACCUCUCCGGCGCCAAGCACUACCACCGGCGACACAAGGUGUGCGAGUACCACGCCAAGGCGUCCCUCGUCGCCGCCGCCGGCAAGCAGCAGCGUUUCUGCCAGCAGUGCAGCAGGUUCCACGUGCUCACCGAGUUCGACGAGGCCAAGAGGAGCUGCCGGAAGAGGCUGGCCGAGCACAACCGCCGCCGGAGGAAGCCGGCGAGCAGCAGCACGACGGCAACGUCCAAGGACUCGGCGCCGCCUUCCAAGAAACACAACGCCGGUGCCAUCUCCAGCUCCUAUGCCGCCGACAACAACACAGCUUUGAGCGCCGCCAAGUCGACCAUCUCGUCGAACACGAGCGCCAUCAGCUGCCUGCAGCAGCACGACCAGAGCAAGGCGGCGGCGACGGCGAGGCCGAUGACACUCACCCUCGGCGAGCCGCGGGAGAAGGACGACCACCAGCAGCAGCUCAACAGCGCCAUGCAGCUCCACCACCACCACCAGGAGCAGCAGCACUUCAUCACCUCCCUGCUUCAGCAGAACAACAACAACGGCAACGGCAACAGCAACAUCCUGUCGUGCUCCUCGGUGUGCUCCAGUGGGUUGCCAUCCGCCGGGGCGGCCAACGGCGAGGUCUCCGACCAGAACAACACCAGCAACCAUGGCGGCGGCGGCAACAACAACAAUAACAUGCAUCUGUUUGAGGUGGACUUCAUGUAGACCGAUCGAUGCAGGUGAGCUUGUAGGUCCAUGCAUGGAGCCAUGGAGUGGUCACCAGCCUAAGCCUAGCACUGUCUCAACAGUGUCCUUUAAUUAAUUUGUGUGUAGGUAAAAAAAAAAGGAGAGCAAAAAACCUUAAGGGUAUAGUCCAUAGUCUCAAAGUGGUGAGAUCAGCUAGGAAAGGCUGUGCAACCUAGCAUGCAUGCCUUUCUCCCAACUUUCUUUCCCGCAGUGCUAGCUCCUGUAGUGCUGCAAGCAAGCAUGCCUUUCUGUCAUUUUCUGUUUCAGUGAGGAAAUAAUGUUUGUGUCAUUAUCUUAGCCCUGUUAAUUGUUUUUACUCA